AUGGCCUUAGUGAUCCUGGUGAUAUCGCCAACCUAUUUAGUAGAACCUUUAGGGUUGGGUCUCCCCUGGGUACGUCGUCUGGUGGGCUUGAGGUGGUGGGGGGGGUCUGAAGACAUGCCUAAUAGGCAUGUCUUCAGACCCCCCAGAUGGUUUACGGCCAGGGAGGUAGCUACUGUCAUACGCAACUUAAAGAGAGGCAAGUCGCUGGGUCAUGACAGCCUAAGUAUAGAGCAUUUGCUGCAUGCUGGUAAGCACUUACCGCGAGUGCUAGCAAUGUUUUUUAGCUUGUGCCUGAGUCACUCGUAUCUUCCAGCGGAUUUACUUAAAACUAUUGUUGUGCCUAUUGUUAAGAAUAAAACUGGAGAUGCGAGUAAAAAGAGCAACUACAGGCCUAUAUCCCUGGCUACCAUCAUUGCAAAGGUGUUGGAUAGUCUGAUUGACCAGCAGCUGGAUAAGUACUUAAUACUUAACGAUGCCCAGUUUGGUUUUAAGCCAAUCUUAUCCACGGAAACAGCUAUACUAUGGCUCAAACAGACUGUUCAAUACUAUACAAGUAGGAAAACACCUGUAUAUGCAUGUUUUCUGGACCUCUCCAAGGCUUUCGACCUCCAUUUUGGGGGAUGUCAAUUGCGAUCUUCUGUUAUGGAUCACAAUAGCAUACCAGCGUGUGCGUUAUACAGGAAUACCGGCACUAUUAUAGUAAGACUGAAGAAGAUGGAAGUGACCACUAGUUGUUGCAAGCGUGAGGAGUGUCCGGCGUCCGGGUGUCCGGAGCUGGUGCAUAGGCCGUCCGGAUGUGAACAAUGUACUAGGACUAGAUUAAUUAGCCAAUAUAGUGACUGUGAUAGUGAUGUUGUGGAAAAAUGUCGUCCAUAUAGAUCGAGUGCAGCCAGAAGUAGAUACGUCAACGUCUGCGCGGCGGUGUGCCUGCUAUUGUUGGUGUGCGGUCUGUCACCGCGGUCGUCGGCGGCGCCCCAUCGGAGCCGGGCCAGCAUGGAGCGGCAGCGACGUGACACGGAAGAGAACAGACUCUGGGCUAACCCCUGCGAUUAUAAUGAUUCUCAGUCAAAACCAUCGUACCCGGCAGAUCAUGCAAAGGAGGUCGCGUUGAAACUCGUCGCGCAAGCAAAAAACGCUUACUCAUCAACUGCGAAGUACAAGGAUACAUUUGCAAUGAAACUACAUAGUUAUAACAGUUUCGACGAACUACUGGGUUCGUGGAAAUCAUCAGAAUUUCUUCCUAAGGAAUGGCUGCCAAAGGAAAAAGUCCUCUACCAGACGAUGCCGGAUGAAUAUAUUACUCAGUUGAUGCCAAAAAUCGACGAGGUUCUGCCGGGGAUGUACAAAGGGCUGAAAAUGAUAGUUGCGGGCUUGUACGUGUUCUCUAACGAAGAGUUGAACCCCAACAUAAUAGCUGAUGAAAGCUUAAAGGAGAACAUCACCCAAACGAUGCAUGAUGUGCGAGCUGUGCUAUGCUAUUUUAAUGACAUCAUGAACAUUCGUAACCUGCCAAUCGAGAAGCUUGCGGUAAAUGAGAUCCCAGAGAUGGCGAACAACAUGGGCGUUCUUCUUUACAGGGACACCCUUAACUAUUUGGAGUACCUAGCACAGGUCUUCCAGAAACUCUAUGAGACGGAAUCUGCUUGAAUACAGCGGUUUAUAUGAUCGAGAGUCGAUGAAGGACUCGAGAAGAAACUGCACACCCCAUGUAACUUUUGGCUGUCUACUUAAUCUUGGUGGAAACACCACGGCGAAGCAGUACUCUUCAGUAUUACUUAGCCCCAAAAACUCUUUCUAGUAGAAUUAUUUGCAUCCUUUGGCUGUUGAAUAGCGAAUUAAUGUAUAGAAAACUGUCUUUGCCAUUACAUUGCCAUUUUGGUCUAGAACGAAUUAGUUCCUUUUUUUUUGUAAAUAGUGACGAAUUUAAAAUGUAUUAUUAUUUAUUGUCUGCUGAUUAACAUUCUAAAUUUCCCGAUUAUCCUAGUCAAGGUCUUAUUUAUUUCUCGCUUAACUCCACUUUAGUUUCAAUUUCUUUAUUAUUCGUAUUAUUUAAUUUAGAUUUUAGUAUUAGACUUCAUUCCAGCACUUGUACUAUGUUGAUGAAAUUGUUGAGUCGGAAUAUGAAUGCGUCAGACGGUGUAUUGAACAGUUUCUUUGCUGCUGUUUUCGAUAUAAUGAUCUAUGUUGUGACUUGGUAGCUCGAGGCUGAGACGAUAAUUUUAAUUGUACAUUAUAUUCCUACUUUCCUUAGUAUUACUUGACUCUUUGUUAACUAUUUAUAUGUUACAGAAAUCCAAUGAAAUAUGACUAGCUUUAAUACAGCUGUUAAUUAUAUUAUUGUAAAAAUACAGAGCCAGUGUAUUUAUAACUUAAUCAUUAUUUGUAUAGUUCAAAUAGUACCUAUUUAUAACUGCGGCACAAACAUAGCUUCUAUGUUUGUGGAAUUAAAUUAUUAUUACAUUUA